CUGAUUUCAGUUGACACUCAGUUAGCAGCAGUGUAUUCAUCGGUUGAGAAGACUAAAGAUUGCUCUAAUUGGAGCAGUUGGGGUCCAUGUACAUGGCCAAACAAGCAGAAAACACCGUAUAUGGAACAAAUUACACCAAUAUGUCGACAACAUUGGUUCUAUAAAUUUGUUAAAAACCAUUAUGGUGAAGCAUUGGAAAGUUUCUUCCGUUAUUUAGGAUCUGUAUUGAAAUCAAAAGCAGCUUGUGGGAUGUGCUCUUAUAAGCAGUCUUGCGGUUUUGGUGGCCGUAAAAGAUGUCACAUUAGCCCAUUCGAAGUCAAAGGUGGACGUGCUAUUCUGCCCUUUUUUGUGUCUGAAAAGGUAUGCAAACCAAAAGAUCUGAAAGGUGUUGACCAAAUGGAAAGCUGUAUUGUCGAUUAUAACAUGGAAAACGGGGAUGAAUGUCAGUUGUGGCCAUCAGAUAAGGUUGAUCUAAGUCAAAUUGAACCUCAAUUUUUACCACAUAUUCGAAACUUGAAAUGGUACGAAUGCACAGUGCAAAUCAUUAAAAUGAAGGGAGCAGGUGUAAAAUCAGAAAAGGUAUGCCGUUGUUGCUGCUUCCCGUACAGACCAAAUCCAAAAACGUAUCAAUGCGAAAAAAUUCCCGGAGCACCUGAUCCUCCAGGAAUUUAA